UGUAGACCUUGGCUCCGGACAUGAGCUAGUCCCAGGCUAAGUCACUUUCUUCAAAAAAGUUCACGACAUCUCACUCCCCCUCCAAUCUCUGACUUUGCUCUGUUGCAAAAGGCUGGUGUUCAGCAUGGCAGGCCCCGUGAGACAGCCUAUUAGUAUCCCCUCUCUCUCAAAAUACAUUGAGAAGAAUGUUCCCGCUAUCAGCACGCCGAUAUCUCUCAAGCAGUUCGGCUUCGGCCAAUCCAACCCCACAUACCUCCUCACCGACUCCCAAUCCGCCAAAUUCGUCCUCCGUAAGAAACCCCCCGGUACCCUCGUCAGCAAAACAGCCCACAAGGUCGAGCGCGAAUACCGCAUUCUCGCCGCCCUCCAAAACACCGAUGUCCCGGUCCCACGCGUUUACUGCCUCUGCGAAGACUCCACCAUCGUCGGCUCGCCCUUCUACAUUAUGGAGUUCCUGGAUGGGCGAAUAGUCACGGAGCCGCAUUUCCCCGGCGUGAGUCCGAAGGAGAGGAGCGAGAUGUGGCAUGAUGCUAUUCGGACGCUGGCGAAGCUGCAUAGGCUGGAUCCGAAGAGCAUUGGACUGGAGAGCUAUGGGAAGCCGACAGGGUUUUAUGAUCGACAGAUUAAGACGUUUACGACGCUGGGGGAAGUGCAGGGGAAGGUUAGUGAUGUAGAGAGUGGAAGAAAGGUUGGCGAGGUACCGCGGAUGAAGGAACUUGUAAGGUUCUUUAGUGAUAGGAGGAGUCAGCCAAGGGAUCGUGGGGUGCCGAUUCAUGGGGAUUAUAAGAUUGAUAAUCUGGUUUACCAUAGGACGGAGCCGAGGGUCAUUGGGAUAUUAGACUGGGAGAUGUCGACCAUAGGCCACCCGCUCUCUGACCUCUCUAACCUCAUCGUCCCUUGGACCAUAACCGCCUUCUCCACUGAGAGACGUAAUUCGCACACCGCCUUCGUACCAGGGGCCCGUACUCCCGGCCUACCCUCGCGAGAGCAAGCCGUGGCUUGGUACGCUGAAGUUGCCGGCUGGGAUCCCGUGCCAGAGCUUAGCUGGAGCACUGCGUUCGCUAUGUUCCGAGAUAGCAUCAUUUUCCAAGGGAUUGCGAGUCGGUAUGCAGUGAGGCAAGCGAGUAGUCUAGAGGCGAAGAAGGUAGGCGAGGAGAUGGUGCCCGCGGCGGAGAUUUGCUGGGAAUUGGUGCGGAGGGCAAAGGAGGAUAGGGGUUCGAGGGCGAGUCUGUGAAUGAAGAUAGCAAGGCGUUUAAGGCUACGCGUUAGAAACUUCCACACGAUGUGUAGUGAAGGCCAGGCGCGAGGAUUGUGU